AAGACAGCGCCAAACCGAUUAUUUAAUUCCAACGUGAGUUACAACAUGCUGUACAUCGGACCGCCACAUCAUAGUUGGUGGCAAGAAGUACAACUUACGAGGUCAGAAAUGAUUGUAACGUGGUGCUAACGAAGUCUACAAACUAUUGUAUUACAUACAACGAAAAAGUGGUGGAACUGAAGUCAUAAAGUGUAUGGGAAAUUUAAGAAUAAGAUUGAAGUUUUCAGUGCAUAAAAAUCAAAGCAUUUAUUUUAAAUAUGGACUUCAAUGAAACAUUAAAGCAGGUUGGAGAUUUUGGGAUAUAUCAAAAGCUUCUCUGUGUCUUCCUUAUUUUUUCAUCAGCUGCAUUAAGUGCAUUGGUAUACUUUACUCAGUUCUUUAUCAUAAUGGUUCCCAAACACUGGUGUUAUAUUGAACAGCCUUUUAACUUAAAUUUCACCGAAGAGGAGUGGAAGAACUUCACUUUACCAAAAGGAUCAGGUUCAAAACUUGAUUAUGAUCAGUGUAAACAAUACAAUAUAAACAUAACAGAAAUCCAGCAAAAUAUUUCCAUGGGAUAUCCAUUGGUAUUAGAAGAUUUGGAAAUAGUACAUUGUCAGAAAGGAUGGAAGUAUGAUUUUUCAUCAUUAUAUCCAACUCUUGCUACAGAAUUAAACUGGGUGUGUGAAGAUGACAGACUUCCCUACUUGGCUCAGACAUUGUUCUACAUGGGAACAAGUGUUGGAAGUAUUGUGUUUGGUUUCAUAUCUGACAGGUUUGGACGAAGACCAUCCAUUAUUGCAAGUUAUGUGAUAGCUUUCUUAGCUGGCAUUAGUUCUUCCUUUUCAACUUCCUUUGGAGUGUUUGCUGCUUUGAGGUUUUUUGUAGGAGCGUGCAUUAUUCCACUAUCAGAAGACCCAUACAUUUUAGGUUUGGAGUACAUUGGUGUAGAAAAAAGAACACUGGUGAUUGUUUGUUGGACAACAGGCUACGUUGUAUUUUCAGUUAUCUACCCAUGGAUAGCUUAUGUUGUAAGAGAUUGGCAGUUACUUAACAUCAUCACCAUAUUACCACUCGUUUUAAUUAUUCCAUUAGGAAAGUGGAUCCCUGAAUCUGCAAGUUGGUUAAUGACUCGGGGAAGGAAAAAGGAAGCUCUUCUUAUGUUAAAGACUGUUGCAAGAGUGAAUGGCAAUCAGUUUCCUGAUGAUAUUUUAACAGAUUUAGAGGCAGAAAAGGAUGGUGGUGGUGCUGAUAUGAAUGAAGCCCAUCUUACAGCUUUAGACUUGUUUCGAACUCCACAUUUACGAAGACACUCGCUUAUCAUGGCAGUAGUCUGGUUUAUCACCUAUUGUUGCUACCAUACAAAUACUCAGAACACGUCCAAUUUAGGUACAGAUAUUUAUCAAUCAUUCACUUAUGGUGCUUUAGUAGAAAUUCCUGCCACGUUGUUAAUGUUUUUUGGCAUUGACUGGUUAGGUCGACGAUGGCCUAUGGUGGUAGCAACAUCUGUAGCUGGAGCAUGUGGGCUGCUUAUUAUGUGUGUCCCUGAAGGUUCUUCUCAAGUGUUUCUUGGCUUAGCACUUAUUAUGCGUGUAACUUUGACCACAGAAUACAUUAUCAUUAUACAAUAUGCAGCAGAAAUCUACCCUACAGCCUUACGUGGUCGUGGCCUUGCAUUUCUUAGAGCUAUGGGGACUUUUGGUCUUUAUCUGAGCCCAACAAUUGUUUAUCUGGCCUUGGAAAACCCAUCCCUUCCUCUACUUGUAUCAGGUAUGAUGAUGGUUGUUGUUGCACUGCUGACAUUGUUCCUGCCAGAAACUUUGAAUCAGAAUUUGCCACACACACUGGAAGAGGGCGAGCAGUUUGGAAAAGACCAAAGGGUUUGGGAUUGCCCUUGUUUGACACACAAGAAGCAUAAGCAAGAGUAUUCUCAUCAGGAAGUUGAAGAACCUUUGCAGUAUCUUUGAAUUGUAGCCAAGCUGUUCUUUCUGUAGGAUUCUUCCACCAAAAAGGGAAAGAUGUAGCAUUAGGACUUUCAAGUCAGAUUUAGAAAAGUGACUUAGUAGAGCACAAGUUUUCAAAAUGUCUUCACAAUCAAAUUGUUUGAAUUUAUAUGAUAGAGUAUUAACUUGUAUAAUCUUGAUAAUUAUAUAUUUUUACUUUUAAUAACAUUUUAUCUUGUUAUUACGAUUUGAAGAGUAGUAUAUGUGUACUGAUUACCAGUUAAUACUUGUUUGUUUGUUGUAUUUCUAUAUAUAUAUAGUCAUGUUAGUGAGAUUUAUUUUUGUAGUUUAUUAGGUCAGAGUUAUAUUUUCUGUUGUUAAAUUUAUUUUUGGUUUAUACUUACAAUUUUACCUAAAUGCCAAAAGGAUUUGGUUUGUGCAUUAUUUAUAAACUACUUCAAAAUAAAAAAAAUUGUCAAAUGCAUAGAAACACAACACCUUGAAUCUUGUUUGUUUUACAUAGUUGAUCACUGUGUAUAUUUUUCUUCAUCACUGUAAUUAUUUAAAACAAAAGAGGUAAAAGUUUCUGCAAUUAAUUUUUUAGAAAAUAAUGUUGAAACUUUAACACAACUACUUGGAUGUUUUGUAGGAGUAUAUGGAAUAAUAUGAUCAUAGAAAAUGUUUCUUGAAAUAUAGAAUGGCUUUCCAGUUAACUGAACAUAUUCUAUGGUAACUUACACUAUCUUGUAUUAUAGUAAACCUAACUUACUUGCCAGGAGUAUGUAUUAAGAUAUGUUGGUCUAUUUAUUAUAUAUGGACUGCAAUCAAUUCCCUUACUCCUCACUUAGAGAAUUAAAAAAAAAAGAAACCCUGCAAAAAUCAUAACAUGCUUUCCUCUAUGAUCAGAUUUUCUUUUUACAUGAAUGAGUUUCAAAUCUAAAUGUUUUAUAGAAAUUAUUUCUACACACGUUUUUUUUUCAAAUUUACAUUUGCAACCCAAGUAUCAAAUGCAGGGUGUCUGAAAAUUCUGGAACCAUAGGCAUUUCAACGAAUUUUACAGAAUGUGUUCCACAUGUUGUCCUUAUAACUUUGUGCUUGGAUUGUCAGCAUAAUUAACUGGACCCUCUUUAUUAUAACAGCACCAUAAUAAUUUGCAUAUUUGAAAUUAAGAAAAGCUACAAAUCACCUAUGGUUCCAGUCUUCUCAGACACCCUGUAAUUAAAUGUAGAAAUGAAACAUGUUAGAGGCAUUCAUUAUAAAUCUCCAAUUCAGUUAGAGUUUUGAGAUUAGCAAUAAAAUAACUCGCAAGUUAUUGUUUCUCGAGUAUAUCUAAGUUAAGUUGGUAGUGGCUUUUACAUUUAUAUAAAGUACAUAGCUAUGUACUUUUAUAAUGGUGACUGCACAAUUUCACCCAAAUAAAACAACUGUUUCUCUUAAAAACCCUCUUAGGUUCUACAGUUGUCACAAACAAUAGAUACCAACUUUGAAUAAGUAGAGUUGUUUAAACAUUUGUUUUAACAACAAGUAAAAGUUUGGAAU